UUCGCGGAAGGUUUCCUCGCCAGUUCAGUUGCAAGUUGGUAUUGAGUUCGAGUAGAUUAAAUAACUUACCGCGAGAUUGUGUCAUCGGCGUAGGGGCACAAUGCGUUUUUCUCCGCCCGGUGUAACGAGAAACAUAUAAACCUAUCAGUAAAAUUGCCUUAGAAGUACAUUUAAAACGUGUGAACGUGCUGUAAACAUAGUGCCAUCUCCGGAAGGAAGUUAUUCUCAGUGCUGAUACGAUACGGGCAAUUCCAAGAAUGGUAUUAAUUGUGCUCGCCUUCUUCCUUUAAUCCGGAGUCCCUCGGUGAAGGUCAAGGCUCUGUUAGUAUCAUCCACACCCGCGGUAUGUGCUAGUGCAAGUGUUAUGUGGCGCGUACGGACCGAAGAAGGGAACCAGCAACAGCGACAUAAGAAUGCUGGAUCGAUGCGGAUGCAAUGAAAAUGUUAGUAGCACGGCACUGAAUACGGGGCCGACAGCAGAAGCAAUCAACGGCCAACAUCGUCAUUUAAGAAAUUCGCAAAACUUCGAACCUGCUGUCCAAAAGCGAGGUUACUGCGAUUCGCGUCAUACACCGCGAAGGCUGUACAAGAAUCUCACUACCAUUCGGUAGGAAAACGACGGCAUAGCCGUCUAUGAUCCAGCAUAACGUCGGCUAGCGCUUUAUCGCAUCUCAAUGAUAGCUUAUCUCUCCAAAAUGCGCUCGGCCGCGUCAGAGAUGACCGGAAGCGACACAACUCAGUUUCUGAAACUAUCCAGCGCCGUUUUUUACGGCCUUUCGUCGUUCCUGAUUACGGUGGUCAACAAGACCGUUCUCACCAGCUACCGGUUUCCAUCGUUUCUGGUGCUCAGCCUUGGCCAGCUGACCGCCAGUAUCGUGGUGCUGUUCGUCGCCAAGCGGCUUGGAUUGGUCAAAUUUCCCGAUUUCAGCCGUGACAUCGCACGGCGGAUAUUCCCGCUGCCACUAAUCUACCUGGGCAACAUGAUGUUCGGACUGGGCGGAACGCAAGCGCUCAGCUUACCGAUGUUUGCCGCCCUGCGAAGAUUUUCCAUCCUGCUGACGAUGCUCCUGGAGCUGCUGGUGCUCGGGAUCCGGCCGACGCUCGCCGUCAAGGUGAGCGUGUUCGCCAUGGUCGGCGGGGCGUUGAUGGCCGCCCUAGACGAUCUUUCCUUCAAUCUGCAGGGCUACAUGUACGUGAUGAUCACGAACACGCUCACGGCGGCCAACGGAGUGUACAUGAAGAAAAAGCUCGAUACGGCCGACAUGGGGAAGUACGGGCUGAUGUACUACAACUCGCUCUUCAUGAUUCUGCCGGCGUUCGUCGGUACGUGGCUCGCCGGGGACAUUGACCGUGCAUGGCAAUACGCAGGCUGGGAUGAUCCUUUCUUUGCCGCCCAGUUCCUGCUCUCCUGCGUAAUGGGCUUCAUACUAUCAUACAGCAUCAUUCUCUGCACUCAACAUAAUUCCGCCCUCACCACGACCAUCGUCGGCUGCCUGAAGAACAUCAGCGUGACCUACAUCGGCAUGUUCAUCGGUGGGGACUACGUGUUCUCGUGGCUGAACGCGAUCGGGAUCAACAUCAGUGUCACUGGAAGCUUGCUGUACACCUACGUUACCUUCCGGAAGAAACCGAGCAGUUCCGGAGGAGCCGGUGGAGAUGCUAAUGCGUCCGAUAAGAAGCUACUGCUGCCAUCGGGUGGACGAAUUGAUAACGUGUGAAAUAGAUUUCUACCAUGGACCGUAUCAGACAACUGCAUGCACCAUAACGAACAAAACCAAAGGGACAAAUGGAGAACAUAGAUCAACAAAUAGGAUUCAAAUGACUGCCUGAGUGAAAAGAGCGAUAUUUAUUAGUAAAAAUAUGGGGCGCUCUGCUUCGGAACAUGGGCACGUUGUGCCCGUUCUGGUGGUUUAAUAUGAUGCAUCCUCGCAACGGCCAGUGAAUCGGUGCAUUAGUAGUGAUAAUUUAAAAAUAUUCUCGGGAUCGCGUAACAGACAACGGAGAACAUUCUUACAGGAGUUGUAGUACUGUAGUAAGCAUUUUGCCAGAAGAUUCCCGAAAAUUGAUAUUAAUCAGUAAAUCGGAAUACACAAACGCCCGUUAAUUCAACUGUUUUAGUUCUGUGUGUAUUUUAAGUUGGAGUGUACGUACGAAGUAUGAAUUUUAGUAAAACGAAAAAAAAGGUUUAGUGUUAAUACAAACAACUGAUGGCUAUUGUGUA